AUGAAUUCCCUUUACUCUACACUAAUAGUGGCCCUAAUGGCUGUGCUGAGUUUGGCUUUAACUCAUGCCGAGUUCCAGAAAGUUAUGCGUCCCAAAUUCAAGGAAGUCAAAGUCUGGAGUGAUGACAAACAUGUCUCGCAUACCAUUACCAUGGAUGCCAGUGAUCCUCAUAUCAAUUAUACCCUGAAUGUUUUACAGGAACUUCAAAAUGUCGAUAUUCACAUAGAAGCUAGAAUAACACAGAAAAUUAAUCCCAGCUACUUUUUAACUUUAAAUACCACCAUGAAUUUAUGUAACAUACUCAAUUUCAAUUUGAAAUCCCCCCUGGGUGCCUUGAUUACUACGUUCCUUAAGGAAUAUGGUCAUAUAUUGGAGAAAUGUCCCAUUGUUAAGGGCAAAUAUUACAUGCAUAAGUUCUGGAUACCCGAGGACACUACAUUGGCCACCUUGCCCGAGGUUGAUUUUGAUGUUAACUUUAUGGCUUAUCUUGUGGAUGCCAGCAAGCAGAGAACUAUGAUCAUGAAUGAUCAUUUCGCCGGUGAAGUGGUGGUACAUGAUGUCACCAAUGUUAAGCCGGGACUAUUGGCUUUGUUGCCCAAGGUGCCAGGUCGUUAA